CUACUCUCUACCACACAACACAAAACCAAAAAUAAAAAAUAAAAAACUCUCUCCAUUCUCCUGCGCCGCCUCUGCAAUCUUUUAACGCUCAGAAAAAAAGAAAAAUUUUCACAUCGAUUUUUCUCGUCCAUUUUCCAUCAGAUUCGUAUCUGAAGAACAAAAGAAAGAGAAAAAGCGUGAAUGUUGUAAUGGAGACCAAAGGUGGGAAGAAGAAGUCUAGCAGUAGUAGUAGUAAUAAUAAAUCGCAGCAAUACGAAGCUCCUCUAGGUUACAGCAUUGAAGAUAUUCGUCCAAACGGUGGAAUCGAAAAGUUCAGAUCUGCUGCUUAUUCCAACUGCGUAAGGAAGCCAUCCUGAGACGACCGUCGGAAAUAAUGUCUCCUUCUGUAGAUUAGAAUUCCCCUUUUCUCCGUUCAAAUCUUUUCCUUUUUUCUUUUUCUUUUUUUUACUCUUGCCAGAAAAAUUUAUUGUUCAAUAGUGUAAAAUAGAAUCAGAAGCUCGCAUCUCGCGGCGGCCAUGGCUGCGAAUACUUCCCCAAUCGGAUUCGAAGGCUUUGAGAAACGCCUUGAAAUCAAAUUUUCGGAGACAUCGAUUUUCUCGGACCCGAAAGGCCUGGGUCUCCGGGCCCUAACUCGAUCCCAAAUUGAUUCCAUUCUCGAACCUGCGUGUUGCACAAUCGUUUCUCAACUCUCCAACUCGGAGCUUGACUCCUACGUCCUCUCGGAGUCGAGCCUCUUCGUCUUCCCCUUCAAGAUCAUCAUCAAGACCUGUGGGACCACCAAGCUCCUCUCCUCGAUCCGGCCAAUCCUAAAACUCGCUGAUUCGAUCUCCCUCUCCGUCGCCUCUGUCAAAUACUCGCGCGGCAGCUUCAUCUUCCCUGACGCCCAGCCGUCUCCGCACCGGAGCUUCGCCGAGGAAGUCGCCGCUCUAAACGAGUUCUUCCGCGAGUUCAGCCCUAGAGCUUACGUCAUCGGCGACCCGGCCGUUCCGAAUCGGAACUGGCACGUGUACUUUGCGUCGGCGGAGAGGGGAUUUGAUCGGACGGCGGAGAUUAAUCUGGAGAUGUGCAUGACCGGAUUGAGCAAGGAAAAGGCAGCUGUGUUUUUUAAAGAGAGGAACAACUAUACGGCCAAGGAAAUGACGAAAAUGUCCGGAGUAAGCGACAUAAUUCCGGGUCACGUGAUCUGCGACUUUGACUUUGACCCCUGCGGUUACUCGAUGAACGGAAUCGAGGGCGCAGCGUACUCUACGGUGCACGUGACCCCAGAGGAUGGCUUCAGCUACGCCAGCUACGAGGCCGGCGGUUUUUAUCCCGAGGCGGUCCCACUCCGCCGGAUGAUCGAGAAGGUGCUGACGUGUUUCAGGCCCACCGUGUUCUCCGUGGCAGUCACGUGCUUUGGUAGGGACGCAUGGAGGUGGGCCCAUAGAAGGGCGGACGUGGAGGGGUACGCCUGCGUGGACGUGGUGAGGCAGGAACUGCCACGUGGCGGGUGCAUUGUUUACCGGUCUUAUUCUGCAAGAUCGAAAGGGUACGUAGUGCGCACUUCUCCGAGGGACGGACGGAGCUUGAAGGCGGUGGCGCGUGGGGAAGCGGAAAUAUUUGCGCGUCCGUGUUUGUGAACUUGUUUGAGGUUUCAUGUCUUGUUUGGACUGGGCCCAAUUGGGAGUGUCUGUCGUAUGUUGUUAGGUCACAGCCCGUCUGUAUAUCCGCUAUUGCGUUUCCGCUCUUGGGGUGGUUUGGUUUGUUCAUGUUUUUUGGGGUAGUUUAUUUAGGGGUGUUUUUGCAAUAAAAUAAGACGCGGUCAUGGUCGUUGGUCUUUGCUUGCUCGUCGUGCCAAUUUAUUUUGGGCGUCGUUGAAGCUGCGUUGUAUUAUUUCUUAUGUUAAUUUGAGAGAUUCGGGAUUUCUGUGAUGUUUUUAAGAA